UUUUUCCUACCUCACCCAAGUUUCUUUUAAAAAAACAAAACAAAACAAAACAAAACAUUUUCGAUGUGUUUUACAUUUUGUCACCUCUUCUUCCACAGUCUGCCACUGUCAUCAUCACCUUUUCUUCUCCUCUCUAUUAUUUAGUAUUUACAAUACCCAGAGACAUUGAAUUUAUAUUUCUCUCCUCAUCUUUUCUUCCCUCUCUUAAUUAGUAUACACAAAUAAUUUAUUUUUCUUGAAAAGGAAAGGAAAAAGAUGCCAGGUCCUAUUUAGGAACUGAGAUUGUAUUAAGGAAGUUAAACAAAUAUUUUCAACUUUUCCAUGUUUUUGAUUGCAUGGUGGUUUCUUUUGAUCAAUUCCACAUAGGUAGACACACAGAUACACAGAGAGAGACUAGAAAAGAGAUAUGUCUGAAAUGGUUGUUCAGAGUUGCUCAGACAAGCAAUCCAUGGCUUAGAUAGCGACUUGGAAAAUAACCCACCACACCCACACCAUCAUCACAUAUCCUCUCUUCACGAGAUUUAAUUUAGCUUUCUUUUUACCAUCAAGUGAAUCAAUGAUGCCUUUCUCUUUCUACAUGUCUCAGCCACUUGCACUUCACUACCAAGCCCCCCUCCUCAAUUAGUUUUAGUUGUGUCUAAAACCACAAUUUUUGCACUUCUAGGCUUAUUUUCUUGUUGUCUUCCAAGGUGCAAAAGUGGCUACUUGUAGUUGUAGAAGAACCAAAGUAGCAAGUAGCUAGGAUUUGGAAAACAAACAAAUAAACCAAGACAACAGAAUAUAACAUCGUAUCUUGCUUUUCUUCUUUUUCAUUCCCUUCCUCUUGGAGUUUUUCUUCAAAGGCAACAUGUUUCCCACAGCUAUUUCCAAUUCAACUUCUUUGUCCGAGGAUGCUAGUGUUUCUUCUGGAACAAAAAUUCAGGACUUGGGUGGACUCAAUCACGUGGUCUCAAAUAUUUGUCCUCAGCAACCUCAAAAGAUCAAGAAAAAGAGAAGCCUCCCUGGUAAUCCAGACCCAGAUGCUGAAGUGAUUGCCUUAUCCCCAAAGACCCUUUUAGCCACCAACAGAUUUGUUUGUGAGAUCUGCCACAAGGGUUUCCAGAGAGAUCAGAACCUGCAGCUUCAUAGGAGGGGUCAUAACCUCCCAUGGAAGCUGAAGCAAAGGAACAGCAAGGAGGUGAAAAAGAAAGCCUACGUUUGCCCUGAGCCUUCAUGCGUUCACCACAACCCCUCUAGGGCUCUUGGGGAUCUUACAGGAAUCAAGAAACACUACUGUAGAAAGCAUGGAGAGAAGAAGUGGAAAUGUGAAAAGUGCUCCAAGAUAUAUGCGGUUCAGUCAGAUUGGAAAGCUCACUCUAAAACCUGUGGUACUAGAGAAUAUAGAUGUGAUUGUGGAACCCUUUUUUCCAGGAAGGAUAGCUUCAUUACUCAUAGGGCAUUCUGUGAUGCAUUGGCAGAAGAAAGUGCAAGAAUAUCAGCAAACCAGUUAGUAGCCACCAACACAACAAACCCAUUAGCUCAAUCUCUCUUUCUAUUCCAAACCCAACAAAACUUCCAAAACCACCAAAUCACCAAUUUCAACCACUGGGAUUCAUCUCAAGAAAACCCUAACCCUAGCAACAUUGCCACUGCCCUUCACAUCAAACCAGAAGCUCAAAAUUUUCACAACCCCACACCCUCUUCUCCUUCACCACUCCUUCAACAACCACAUAAUGAACAACCUCCCAACAAGAGCAUGAUAACCUCAACCUUCGGGAACCUCCACGUGCCCAGCGCUGCCACGUCAGCAUACAUGUCAGCCACUGCACUGCUUCAAAAGGCUGCAACAGUUGGAGCCGCUGCUAUCACGGGCCUGGGCCCGGGCCCUGCUGCUGUUGGUGUCGGGCAACACCGGUCAAUGUGUCACGUGACUCAGCUCGGCACGGGCGAGUUCGGAACACUGAGUCAACUCGACCCGGUGGUGCCAGAUUACAUGAGAGGGUUCCCCAUUCGGAGCCUCAAGAGUGACCGUCUCACUCGGGACUUUCUGGGACUCACGGGAGAUGCUAACGGUGGAGUUGACGGAGGAAACGGCGGCGCCGUUGACGUUAGCAUGAACGUGAAGGAUAUGCUGACGUUCACGGGGGGUGUAGAGUACCACCAACCUCACUCUCAACAUCACCAUCACGCGCUGAUGAAGCCCCAACAACGCUUUGGUUUCCUUGGGACAACCACUGCCCCCGAGACGUGGGGGAAUUGUUGACAGAAACAAGAGAAUAAUUUCACGAUACGAGGGUAAAAUAGGCAAUCCUGUGUGCCAUGACUCUUCAAUCAUGAAUCAUCAUGUGCUUUCGUUUUAACACCUCAUUAUAUUUUUUGCUACUACCUCUU